CAAAGACAUCUGAAUUCGGCCGUGGCCGUUGGUGAUCUAUUUUCUGGCUCACACGACUCAAAUAAAUUAUUUAAAACUUGAACUAAACGACUGUCAAUGAUGAAAGCAUACUACAUCAUCCAUUUAAAAAUCAAAAUGGGUCCAGAUAAAAGUUUAGAUACAGUAGCGUCAUCAGAUUGACGGUUCACACUUCUGGACAUUAGGUGGCAGUAAAAGGCAACUUUUUUUCACUGUUAUACUUAUCUAAAUUAGAGUCAUAUUUGUCAAACUGAAAAUAUUGUGUUGAAUUCUAAAAAUAAGGACAAAUAUGUUCAAUCUAAAUCCCAAACAGCAUUUUAACAAGGACAAUACUGUAUAUCGAACCCGGAUAUUCUGUGUUGAACUCGGGAAAUGUAGUUUUGUUUCCGUGUAUUCUUUAUACGAAUUUCCGUACGCUCACUUCAGCUUCACAAGUGGCAGAUGGUUCUCGCUGCGCACUUUACGCACACUCGUCUUGAGUUUAGAGCGUACUGAUUCCGCUACCUUCUGAAGGCUGUUGGGGGGUAAACCUACGCGUUCUCAUCAGUUCCCUUUGGUACCUGUCGGCCUAUUAAUCUCCCCCACGUUUGUCCCAAAUGUCUGCGACGUGUUCGGGGAGCGGAGAACGCGCAGCCUACGCAAGGGAAGUUCCUUUUGGCCGCAGCGCAACGCGGGAACAACUUAACCUCUCGAUGGAUGUGAAAAGUUAGCGCCGCCACGACAAAGACGGGGGACUCCUCUGCCCUUCGCUUAGACUUGAGUGGAACCGAGCAGAGUUCCAGUGAAAUGAGUGCGUCUGCGACUCAACGUCUUAUUUUUUAACACGCUGCCGUCCAUGCAAUGAAGAUGUACUGGCAAAUAUCGUGGGAAAACAUUUCCCAUGAGGAUGAAGUCCACGGCUGAUGUGCAGCUGUGGCCCGUGAGGGGGGGGUUCUGCUGAAGUCCAGCUGUUAUCCAGACCGGAUGUUUGACAUUUGAGAGUUUGGAAAAGUAGCAAGCCUGGUAGUUUUGCCAACACCCUCCCCAGGAAAUGCAGCGCAUUGAGUUUCUCUUACUGGAUGUAACAGAGGAUCCAUGCCACUAUUGAUUGUUUGCAACCGUCCGCGUGCACCAGGAGACUGAUGUUGAUGGCCUGGAUGAACCCGGCCAUUGUUCCAAGAGGCGGCGACGGUGAACGCGGCAUAUUUCUCAAAGAGGAGGACUAAGCAUGAGCCUGCACAGACUGAUGAGACAUGUGCGAAGGUACGCGGGAGGAAUGAAGAGUGGCGCUCUGGAGAGAGGUCAAAAAUCGACAAGAAAAACAAUUAAUUAUAAGGCACCACUGUGACGGAGCGAGGACGGAGCGAGGACGGACGUGUCUGCGAACUUGAGACCGGAAGCUUGGAGACUGCAAAAAGGUGCUUCCGACAACCCCUUCUUCUCCAAGCGCUCGUCCGCUGCCGCUGCCACUGUGGCGAUGGGGAGCUCGGCCUCGUCCCUCUCCGCAGAGACGGAGUCGGACCGCGGCUUUCGCGGCAACCCCUACUCGUCGUCUCCCCCGGUGGGCUGGCUCAGGACCAGUCACAGCAGCCCGGUGUGGGGCGGCGCGUUUAUCACGCGUCAGCAGCAACAGCAACUUGCUGCGCGGCCUCACCGAGAGCGCAGCCACUCUCACUCUCCUGGCUCCAUGGCAGCUGCAGUGCGAGGCAGUGAGUGGUCAUGUGGACGCUGCACCUUCUUAAAUGUCGGCGGAGCCCCUCGCUGUUCCAUCUGUGAGGCGCCUCGCCAGAAACCUGACCUGAACCAGAUCCUUCGCCUGAGUAGUAGCGAGGAGCACCGCUGGGCUUGCCCCCGCUGUACCCUCAACAACCCUCAGGGAUCGAGAGCCUGCUCCGUCUGCGGCUUCGGACCGUCCUCCACCACCUCGGCGCCCGCCGUCACGACCGUAGCUGCCACCUCAAACGGUCUGCCCCCCGCUCCUACAACCGAACCCCCGACGCCCACCCUCGCACCCGCGGUGCUUUCAGAGCCCCAAGGACAGGUUCCCGUGAAGGAGGACAUGUUGAGAAGGUCGGAGAGCAACGGAGAAGUGGGUGGCAUGGAGCAGCAGCGGCGGUCGGGGUGGGCGUGCCCUCGCUGCACGCUUCACAAUACGCCCGUUGCAAUGUCCUGCUCAGCCUGCGGCGGCCCCAGGAAACUGUCGUUACCCAAAAUCCCCCCCGAGGCCUUGGUGGUACCGGAGGUUCGCACUCCUGUACUGGGGUUUCCCGUGGCCUCGGCAGGGAGCGCCCCUCUAGUCAUAGACCUAACUGAUGACUCCCCCCCAGCUCUGCCGUGCGAACCCCAAGACCCCGGUCCCGUGCCGUCCUCCGCCUUCAGUGCUUUUUCCUCCCUCCAGAACAACCCCGUGCCGCGGAGUAGGAGAGAGGUGCCUCCGACGGGGCGACCGACAAACCAAGUCCCCAACAGCCCGAGUCCCACCUCGCCUCCAAGUGCCAGCGUCCUCCCGCAGCCUGGCCCCCAGCGACCCGCCAAACCCAAGCACGCCCAACCCCAGGAGCCCUCAUACCCCAGCAAGCGCCUCAGUAUCUUAGAAGAAGAAGAGCCUCCAAAGAAUCAGCACCACCCUUCCUCAGGAGCCCCGACCUGGAAGUGCCCAGGCUGCUCUUUAGCUAACCCGGGCGGCUCGUCGAAAUGCGAAAGCUGCCGCUCGUCGCGGGCCGGUGCCGACUUAAUCGAUUUGGGUUGCGAGACGGUGCGCUUCACCCCGGCCAGCCCUUCCAGCCCGGACUUUAGCACCUGGGCCUGCUCCAAGUGCACCCUGCGCAACCCCACCGGCGCCCCAAAGUGCUCCGCCUGCGGGUCGUCCAAGCUGCACGGCUUCCAGGAGCAGCAGGCGUCCUUGCUUCGCUGCUGCGCGUACUGCGGCCAGGUCCCGCCUGGGCCCGGCGCGGCAUGCUCCUGCGCGCCCCCCUCCUCUUCAUCCUCCGCCGGUCAUAAAACACGGAAACAGGGCAGGGGCUAUUCCUGCUCAUCUUCGGCCACCGCGAGUUCGUCGAGUCCCGCCUCUUCCGCGAGCGAGAGGCCCGGCCAGUGGAGUUGCCCGGCAUGUACGCUGCUCAAUGACAUGAAGGCCAAGAACUGCGCCGCCUGCCACACGCCUCAGCAGUACCUCACCCUUCGCAAGGUGAUCAAGCCUCUGAAGAGGAGAGAGAGCAUGCACGUGGAGGCCCGGCGGCGAAAUGAUGAGGGUGAAGCCAAGGAACUGUGGGAGAACAUUGUUAGCUUCUGCAGAGAGAACACGGUGAACUUUGUGGACGACAGUUUCCCCCCGGGACCUCGUUCGGUCGGCUUCCCCGAGGGCGACAGCGUCCAGCAGCGAAUCAAAAAGUGGCUGCGCCCCCACGAGAUCAAAUGCAGCAACUUCAAAGACCGAGGCGUCAAGUGGUCCGUUUUCCGCACGCCGCGACCUUCUGACAUCCUUCAAGGGCUGCUGGGAAACUGCUGGUUCCUCAGCGCUCUGGCCGUGUUGGCCGAGCGUCCCGAGCUGGUGGAGAGGGUGAUGAUCACCAGGACCAUUUGCACCGAGGGGGCCUACCAAGUCCGCUUGUGCAAAGACGGGACGUGGACGACGGUGCUGGUGGACGACAUGCUGCCCUGCGACGACUACGGUUUCCUCCUCUUCUCCCAGGCCCAGCGGAAGCAGCUGUGGGUGGCGCUGAUCGAGAAGGCCCUGGCCAAACUCCACGGCUCCUACUUUGCCUUGCAGGCGGGGCGCGCCAUCGAGGGCUUGGCCACGCUGACCGGGGCGCCGUGCGAUUCGCUCAUGCUGCAGGUCAGCUCCACCAACCCGCGGGAGGAGCCCAUCGAUACCGACCUGAUCUGGGCCAAGAUGCUCAGCUCGAAGGAAGCGGGGUUUCUGAUGGGCGCCUCGUGUGGAGGUGGCAACAUGAAGGUAGAUGACGCCGUCUACGAGUCUCUGGGACUGCGGCCUCGCCACGCCUACUCCAUCUUGGACGUCCGAGAUGUCCAAGGAUACAGGUUGUUGCGACUGCGCAACCCGUGGGGUCGAUUCUCAUGGAACGGCAGCUGGUCGGACGAGUGGACGGAGUGGCCUCAGCACCUGCGGCACGAGUUGAUGGCGCAUGGGAGCGGCGAGGGCGUCUUCUGGAUGGAGUACAGCGAUUUCAUCAAGUACUUUGACUCUGUGGACAUUUGUAAGAUCCACUCAGACUGGCAGGAGGUGCGGCUUCAGGGAUGCUUCCCCAGCAAAGCCAGCGGGCCGGUGACCGUCAUGGCGCUCACUGUGCUGGAGAGGACGGCGCUGGAGUUUGCUCUCUUCCAGGAGGGAAGCAGGCGCUCGGACACGGCCGACAGUCACCUGCUGGACUUGUGCAUCAUGGUGUUCCGGGCCUCCUUCGGGACCAGUAGCAAGCUGACCCUGGGCCGCCUGCUGGCGCACAGCAAGCGAGCGGUCAAGAAGUUUGUUGGCUGCGACGUCAUGCUGGAGCCCGGCGAGUAUGCCGUGGUCUGCUGCGCCUUUAACCACUGGCAGAUGAACGCGAGCGGCUCGGGAGGGCCGCCCACCCCCAUCUCCAGUCCGACCGGCGGAGCCCAGCGCCGGCCCAGUCAGGACUUCCCCGGCUACAUCCUGGCCAUCUACAGCUCCAGGCAGGUGAUGGUGGAGCAGGUGGAGGCGGCCGCCGCCACGCUGGCCGACGCCAUCAUUCUUCUGACAGAAAACAAGGGCGAAAGACACGAGGGCCGCGAGGGCAUGACGUGCUACUAUUUGACGCACGGCUGGGCGGGGCUCAUCGUGGUGGUGGAAAACCGCCACCCUAAGUACUACCUCCACGUCUCCUGCGACUGCACGGACAGCUUCAACGUGGUGUCCACGCGAGGCAGCCUCAAGACCAUCGACAGCGUGCCACCUUUGCACCGGCAAGUUCUGGUGGUGCUCUCCCAGCUGGAAGGAAACGCCGGCUUCUCCAUCACGCAUCGGCUGGCUCACCGCAAAGCCGCCCAGGCCUCCCUGGGCGACUGGACGCCCACCAAAGCCACGCACAGCCCGCAGCUCACCCCGGACAUCGACGGCCUGCACCGCCCCAGGCCGCUAUGACCACCGUCCUGGGCGGCGCCCGUUUACCCCACGGACGCCGAGGCCGCCGGAACGCCGGGCGGGCGACGCCAGAAACGCGGACAAAGAUGUGGAAUGACGCACAUCCGAAUGUAUUGCUCAACACUGAAGUUUUCUAGCGGCCGGCCCCUCAGGAUGAACGAGGGCGGACUGGCGCCGCUCUCGAGCCCCCCCGCUGACCGCUUGCGUGUGCGUGCGGUACAAAGCGCUGGUUGCGGACUCCCAGUGCUGUAACUACUAAGCCAUUUGCGACACUUCUCUUUUCCGCUUUCCGCCCACUCGCUAAAACAACCGGGAGGAGGGGGCGGGGUGCACUGAUUGUCUCCCACCCCACUGACACGACGGUACCUAUUGAGCCAAACCUACUUGACUUUGUAUUUUUUUAAUUUGGACCAUGCAGGUGCAGGAUGGAUCUUGGGCGUUUUGCGGUGCAUGUUCCGAUGUCUUUGAAAAGUUCCCGCUCUGUCUCGAACUCGGGACCAAGCCGGUCGUGUGUCAUUUGCAUGCGUUCAUGUUGACAGGUUUUGAGGCUUGGAAGGGAAGUGUGAGGGCCGCUGUCCGGCCUGCCAGCCGGCGUCGUCGUCGAGUCUCUCGACAGGGGAGGCGUUCACGUUUACUCUUGUAGCCCUUGUCGAGCAGAGCGCAAGCCUCCGGUGGGGCCCCUUGCCAUGCAGAGAUCCCGUCAAAUUAUAAUAAUAAUACAAUUGUCCCAGCACAGCUCUAUCACGGUCAUCAAAAUGACGGCAUGAGUCUUUUGUUUAACUUGAAAGCCACAACGCUGCGGACUGGCUGACUGCGGCUGGUUGGAAUGCAAAUGACACACGCCGAUUGGGAUUUUACAUUUUUCUUCCAGCCAUCGUUUUAUCUUCAAAAACACCGUGUGAAAGUUUCUGUGAUGCGAAGCAGCUGUACUUACCCCAACCCCCGCCAUCAUCAAAAGAACCAAUGUAAUCAGAAAUCCUCAUGUAAUAUGACCACUCUUGAAUAUUUGCACUGAGCAGCUCUGCGAUGUAAUUUAUUUGAAUCGAUUUGCUCACUUGUUGUCGAAUAAUUUGUCAUUGCGAAAGAAUGUGAGGGUGCAAGGUCACAGCCAAUCACUUGAUAUUGCCUCCCACCCCUCGUCUCAUUGUCACUUGGCUUCUCGCUCCCCCUUUUUUUUGUUUCAGUGGCGCCCCCUGCUGCUAGUAUGAGGAGGCUACAAUAGCGACGACACGCCGUCCUUUGAAAGUGUACAGGUACAAAAGGUGAACACACACAAACUGUUGUUUUAAAUCCCGCCCCCCCCAGAAAAAAAGUGAACAGGAGCCUAAUGCUGACAAAUGUGAUAAUAAUAAAAUGUCAAUCCUUUAGAGGGGCUUGGGUUGUGAAUAUAUUUGUAUACAUAUGUAUGUUUUAAUAUUUCAAUCUCAGGUUCCAGUGGACCAAAUAAAAGUUCUUUUUUUAAAUUAAACACAA